GAACGUAUAUAAGGGUGUAGAAGCCCAGAACGUGUUAAAUCCCAUAAUCACUUCAUCACUCAUCGCACACCUCCCUCAUAACGAUGGCAAACCGAUUCUCAGUAUUCAACGGUGAUUUUCCCGCACCCGAGUGCACGAACAAGUUCACCCUUAGUGCGAAGCCCAAUACCGAUCUCUGGCGCAGUCCUAGUCGCGACGUGUUCACGGCCCCUAUUAUAUACCUGAAGGAGCGCCUGUCGACGUUCAGACGAGCACGCGUUACCGUAGAAGUGCCGGGAACGCGCCUCUACGAUCAGGGCGGCCUGGUGUUCAUACUCCCCGGGUCACCUCAGCGCUGGCUGAAAGCGGGGAUAGAGUAUGUAGACGGAAUUCCGAAAGUGGGGGCGGUCGUGGUGGACAGAUACUCGGACUGGAGUUUGGUAGAGCUCCAGAAUUCGGAGAAGGGACUCAUCACCGUUGAGUUCGAGAGGGAAGGGCAGGGGCUGUGGGUGUACGCGAUCGAGAAAGAUGGCAAGAGACAGGCGAUCAGGGAAAUCACUUGGGUGUUCUCUGAAGGACUCGACAACCAAGAACUGUGGAUCGGGCUGUACGCAGCAAGGCCCAAUGCGGAUGCAUCAGAACCACUAGUGGUGAAGUUCGAAGACUUCGUUUUGGAGAAGGAGUGAAGAGACGACGUACUGCUAGCUCGUAUUUGACAGCUUGUAGUAGGUUUAUGCAUGGUAUCACUGUUAUCACGGUCUCCGACUGUCCAAGUGUAGCAUGAUAUAUCGGAGC